GGUUUCCAACACACACCGCUUACUCACAUGCUGGUUCGCCAAAGAAUCAAAAGCAAACGACCCUAACGUCUCGCAGACCUUAUCUUCUUCUCCCUCUCUCUCAGUCACUCAGCCAUGGCGUCACUGAUCCUGGGAGCUCUUCCCAUGGCUUCUCGAGCAUUCAAUCUCUCGUCCCAAGUCUCGUUUUCUCGGUCCGAAACCCUCGGCGUGUCCCUCGCUGGUCCUCCCACUUCAAUUUCGAUGUCUGCAGCUGCUCCUCAAACACUCCCCUUGGUGUACUGUGGCAGAGGUGACAAGAAGACUGCGAAAGGCAAAAGGUUCAGGCAUUCCUUCGGAAACGCGAGGCCGAGGAAUAAGAAGAAGGGCAGAGGUCCUCCUAGGGUUCCGGUUCCUCCGGCACCACCUAAGAAAGAUCGUUUUGAAGACAAUGAGAUUGUUAAGAUUGAGAUUGACGAGUCUCUAUUUUCUAGUUGAGGAGGGUAUCGCUUCCUUUUCUGUUAAUGUAAUUUCUGAAUCCUAAGAAGAUGAUUUUGUUUUAGAAAUUAUAACAUUUGCCUUCUAUGAAAUUGUGAAUCUCAAGCUUGAUUUUUGUUUUUUUUUAA